AUGGUGCUGCUGGCCCACGACGAGCGCCUCCCGCCCGGAUCGCCGCCGGUGGCGAUCAAGUGCAUCGCCCGCUGGUGGCUGUGCGGCGACCGGCAGAGGAAAUGCGCGGAGCGGGAGAUCAAGAACCACCGCAAGCUGUACCACAAGCACGUGGUGGCCUUCCGGGAGGCGUUCCUGACGCAGACGCACCUGUGCAUCGUGCUGGACUACGCUACGCGCGGCAACAUGCACCGCCUGCUGAGGGACUGCUACGGCGGCAGGGUGGAGGAGGACGUCGCGCGGUGGUACUUCCAGAUGCUGAUAACGGCGGUGGACUAUUGCCACAAGCGCGGUGUCAGCAACAGGGACAUCAAACUGGACAACCUGCUCGUGGAGCAGACGGACGAACAGUGCCUGCCGAUCUUGCUGAUAUGCGACUUUGGCCUGUCGAAGCACAACGAGUCCAUCACGCCGCCCUCCACCAACGUCGGGACACCCAUCUACCAGGCCCCCGAAGUGAUCUUCUCCUGUGGCCAGUGUGACUACGACCCUGAAAUGGUGGACAUCUACUCCUGUGGCGUCGUCCUCUACCGCAUGCUAUUUGGCAUCGACAAGGCCCCCAUGGGUGACCUGCACAUGGAGCCCAACCAGUCCUAUCAAGAAUACGUGCAUAAGCUGCAAGCCCUGAUCGUGUCAAAAGGGGACGACGCAGUCCUGUUGCCCCGGCCCGGUUGUGGGCAGCUGUCGUCGGAAUGCAUGGACCUGCUACGACGAAUGCUGGCAGUUGACCCAGGCAACCGAAUAACGAUGGACGAGAUCUGGGCGCACCCCUGGUUCACGGUGGACCUGCCGAGAGGUACACGCAAGUACAACAGUGCGAUGUGCUCCAGUGCUGUGCUGGAGAAGCACUUCUCUAAGGUUCAGAGCGAGGAGGAGCUCCAGGAGAUAGUGGCAGCCUCUGGCCAGCGCAACCUGACGAACGGUCUUGUGCAUAGAGUAGGUUCCAUACGAAGACUCUUCUAA